AUGGACAACGACGAUGACGACGCCACACGGAUGAAUCAAAUGUUAGAGGAUGUUGCAGCUCUCGCAAUACAGUGGCAGCAUGCAAUGAAUUAUGCAUAUGUUGAAGCCUAUAGAAUUGCCAUUGACUACUACAAGGCGUACGUCCUUAAAGUCCCAUGCCGCACUUCUAUAUUGUCCGAGAGGGCAUGGAUUGCGGAAUUAUACAAUGGUCACAAUGGCCGCUUCCGGUACAAAUUGUGCAUGCCCAAACAUGUGUUCAUGCGGUUAUGUACGACAUUGGUAAGCGACUUCCAAUUGCGUGUACCCGAGCAUCCGCACGGCUUGCACGUCGAGGAGAGUGUAGCAAUAUUCAUUCACGUGCUUAAAAACUUGCCAAACCGGGAGUUACAAGAACGAUUCCAACAUUCCGGUGAAACUAUUUCACGCCAUUUUCAUAACGUCUUGAAAGCAAUGAAAAAAUUCACUGUUGCUCACUGCAGGCCCCGUGCUAAUUUCCAGACACACAGGGCUCCCCAGUUGCAGUCUCAACCACAAUAUAUGCCAUUCAAGGAUUGCUUAGGUGCAUUGGAUGGGACACACGUGCCAGCAUGCAUAAAGGAGUCAGAAGCAGCCCCAUAUUUCAGCAGAAGGGGGUGUCACACCCAGAAUAUUUUGGCGGUGUGUGAUUUCAACAUGUGCUUUGUGUUUGUCUCAUGCGGGUGGGAGGGCAGCAUGCACGACAGCCGAAUUUUAAGCAAUGUAACCGAGGAUCCACAAUACAAUUUUCCAACUACAAUUGACGGUCGGUAUUACCUUGUGGAUAGUGGAUACAACAAUAAGAAGGGCUUUCUGGCACCAUACAAAGGCAACAAAUACUACCAACCGGAAUUUCAAAGGCACAAUCCACGGAACCGUGAUGAGUUGUUCAACCGCGCUCACUCAUCUUUGCGGAGUGUGCCAUUGGUUGCAGCGUCCAUGACUUUACAUAAUUUCAUACGCAGAAAUAGUGAUGACGACGAGAUUGUUGAUGCUGUUAGCAGUGCGGCCGAGUACAGAUACGCGGACACGCCUGACCGAGACGAUUUGGCUGCCCUUGAUGAUGCGAUGAUGCCUGGAGACGAUGACGUUGAGAUGGCGCAGUUGCGGGCGCGUAUCAAGGCAGAGUUAGUUGCGAUUUAG